AUGGACGGUCGUCGGUCGCCCAACACGCGUCCAGCGUCAGACACUCCUUCAACGACGGCGAGCUCGGACGCCAACGCACAGCCCAGCGGUGGAAGCGGUGGAAGCGGUGGAAGCGGUGCUGCUGCGGGCGAGGCCUGGAUUGCGUCGAUUCGGUCUCACGCACAGUCCAGUCCAGCCCGCCGCGACUCGAUCGCCCCGCCGCCAUCCGCAUCCCCAUCUGCAUCUGCGUCCGCAUCGAAUGGCACAAACGCGAGCAGUGGCACUGGAGCGAGCUCGAACGCGAACGCGACCAAUGGCUCCAACUCGUCCCGCAAUCCCAGCCGCGCACCGUCCCCAUCCGCAACCCCAGCCUCAGCCUCAGCAGCUGCAGCCUCGGCAUCACUCUCGGGCUCAUCGUUCGCAGCAUCAUCGGCGUCGUUGAGUCGCUCCACGCAGAACGUUGCUGCUGCGCCGUUCCUCAUCGUCUCGCCGAGCUCCAACUCGAGCUCGCCCGCCCCGUCCACCACCACCGGACUGCGCAAGUCUGCGUCGUCGAGCUCAACUGCGCCCUCAGACAGCCCGUUCGGCGAUGCAAGUGCCACCACGGGCAGCGAUCUGCACCUCGAGUCGCCCUCAGUGAUGAUGACGGGCGUCGGCGGUUCGACAUCCGCCAGCAGAACCACUUCGCCGACACCGACCAACAACAACAACAACAACAGCAGCAGCAACCCUGCAGUGACAUUCUCUGGGUCUGCAUCCACGUCACCCUCUGGUGGCCACACGGGAUUCUUCUCCAAGGGUCAUCGCAAGGGCGGCUCGAACGUAUCUGGCUCGAGUGCUGCCAACAUGAAGAUUUCGAUCGAACCGCCGCCGCCAAGCGAACACGCUGCGAAUGACUCUGCACCGCACCGCCAUGCUGCUCACCAUGAACAAGAUGCAGCUGCUGCAUUGUCUCCAGAGGCCCAUGCGACGCUCGCCUUCUCAGCUCCAACCGCUGUGCUGCUCAAGACGGCCCACUACGCUACCGCAGGUGUCGCAGCUGUCGGACAGAAAUUCGGCGCUGCGGGCAAGUUUGCCGUCAAGAGUGCCGUCGUUCCGUUCCAAAAGACGAGCCACUUUGUGGCCACCAUGGUGCUGCACGAUGAUAGCGUGUUUGCCGCGUCCAAUGGAGCGCCGCAGCCCUCGGCUGCUGCCGAUCUCAUCUCGCCUCCGAGCAUUUCCGAAAUUGAGGAACCGAAGGAAGAGAUCGAAGAACGUCCGGAACAAGUCGUUGUCGUCAAGCGCACGGUGCCCAUUCGCUCGUCGCCAGAGGAAUUUACCUUGUACGUUCUGGCGCUCCGCUGCUUCUUGCGCCCACUGAUUCACGACAGCGGCAAUCUCCACCACCGAAGCACAUCGCUCGUCAGCCGCCUCACCUUUGGCUUGAGCGACCACCUCGACGUUUUCCGACCAAGCCCAGCAGCGCGUUUGUCUGCUGCCCAAAUUCAGUCCAUGUAUCGCUCGAUCGCCAACGCCUUGGUGGCUGCCGACGCCUCGACGAACAAGGGCAUCGACGCCGUGUUUGUUCGUUCGUUGCGCAAGUUUAGCGAUCGUAUCCGCUUCGACUCGAAAGCUCUGCGCAAGAACAUGAAGGACACCCCCGACGAUUUUCGCAACAUGUUCAAAGAAACGUUGCGCAUGCAAUCGUCGCGCUUAGAGUCCAACGUGUCGGAGGCCGUCAUGGCGGAACGCAUGCGUCGGUUUGAAUCAAUCGUUCAACUCAAGCGACGAUCUUUCCGCGAUGAUAGCAAGUCGCCCAGCACCGUUGAAGAGAACAACUCGGAGCUCGUCAACGAAGAACCAAUCGACUUGCAUGGACAAGACGAAGUGCUGAUGAAGGUGUUUGGCGUGUCCCCCGAAGAGCACGCCAAGAUUGUCCAAACCGAGUCCUUUGUGCAGACGGACAAGGUCAUUAUCGACGAAAUCAAGGCCCGAUUGAAGAACCUGGACGCUGAUCCAAUGUACAACAAGGAAUCAUUUGUGCACAAGACCGCCGCCUUCAUCAAGUGGAAGAAACAGCAGGAAGCAGCGCUCAACAACCUGCUGCGAGAACUGGGAGUCCAGCCGGAGGAAGACAAGGCGGCCAUUGUUGCUGACGUGCCACUCCCGGCCUUCGAUGGCAAGGCUCGCUUGGUCGUCGAGGUCUUGCGUGCUCGCGACUUGCUCGGAAAAGACAAGUCGGGCUUGAGCGAUCCGUACUGCCUGGUUGAGUGCGAAUCUCAAACGAUGCGCACCGCCACCAUCAAGGCCAACCUCAAUCCAGUCUGGGAAGAGCAGUGUGCAUUCGACAUCAAGAUCAAGCCCGGUCAGACCAACAUCCCAUUGAAGCUGACCAUGUGGGAUGAGGACACGGGCGACGAUGCCACCAUCUUCAAGAAGAAAAACCUCAACCCGCUGCACUUGUUGGAAGACAACAAGGACGACUUUUUGGGUCAAGUCAUGCUCGACCUCAAGGUGGACGACUUGCGGCGCUUCCGCCUGGAACGUUGGUUUAAGCUCGAAAAGCGCUCCAAGCGCUCGCACGUGAAUGGCGAAAUCUUUCUGCGCGUGCGCUUUGUCUCGAGCGAGAAGCAGCAGCUGCAGUUCCAACAUCAACAGGAGGAGCAAGAGCGCGAGAAGGAGCGCGAAAAGGAGCGCCAGCUCAAGUUGCUUCAGCAGCAGCAACAGCAGCAUGGCCACGACUACCACAAACUGCUCAAGUCGCUUGUCGACUACAUUUUCAAGUACGAGUUGUCCGUCUGGCAGCAGACGCCCGCAAAGAAGCGAGGCAUCUUCCGCCUGCAUCCCGUUUCGUUGCGACUUUUGGAGGAGUUUGGCUACCGAUAUGGCGUGAGCGAUCUCUUCAUGGUCUUGACUUGGUUUGAGCGUGUCGCGUCCGAGUUUGUCAAGGACAACAUGGAUGUCGUCGCGCUCUCGCUUGCUUUUUCAGAGCUCAAAGCGGUCGAGAGCAGCCCGGAUGUGCGCUACACCAUCCAAGAGCAGCGGCUGCGCGCCGAUGUCAUGGACGAGAUUGAGCAGUCCUGCCUCGCCCGGCUGUCCAAUUACAAGGACUACUUCCCCUUCUCGACCCCGCACGGCUUUGUCAAGCAGACCAUUCGCGCUCUCGCGACCGUCUACAGCGGUGCCGUCUUCCGCGAGCGCCACGACCAUGCCAAGGACCUUGGCAAAAUGCUCGAGUGGUGCAUUACCAACAGCUGCGCCACAAUGUUCCAGCGCUUUGUCGCCAUGUCCGCGCCCAUGAUUCGACCCACCAACCCCGUUGUGGGUGCCUCGGAGCGCAUCGUGGCCAUGCUCGAUCUGAUUAUGCGUGACAUUGACUCGGACGCUGUAUACUUCCGCGAGGAUUUCUCCGUGUUUGACGGCACAAAGAUUGUCAACGUGGAUGUGGUUGCCCUCUGCGUCGCCCAGUACGGAAAGCUGCUCUCGGUCGACAUUGACGAGAAGCUCAACAGCGUCUUUUCCGGAACGACCUUCCAUCCAGCCAUCUUCCAAAUCUACCAUCGUCUCCGCAAGUUCAACGCGCGCAACCUCAAGCUUGUCGCCGGAGACGACGACGGUGACAUUGCCCGAUUCAACGGUUUCCCCCUGGCAGAAAUGUUCAUGCCAUUCGUUGGUUUCUGGCUUGGUGUUUCUCGCGACAAGGCGCUGGAGUGGAUGGUUGCUGCAACGCAAUCGGACAAGUGCGUCCCAAUUUCCGCACGAGAAAUGCAUUCAAGCUCUGUGGUGGAUAUUUUCUGCAUGCUGAACCAGUUUGUCGACUUUUUGAGCGAGCUGCAGUGGGACGAUGCCCCGAGCAUGGCUGAUUUCAAGAGUGCGCUUGCCAAGAUCGCGUUCGAAGUCAUGCAGCAAUAUGCAGUCCAGCUCUCUGUCUCACUGCAGCCUUUGCUUGCCUCGUAUGAUGCGACACAUGGGGAAUCCAUGUUCAAGAAAGACUGUCGCGCAAGAGCUGCACGCCAGCAGCUUGGUCUGCUGUACGAGACGCUCAACGCUGAUAAUGUGGCUCAGCUCGUCAUCAAGGAGAUGGAGGCCGGAGUUUUCAAGGAGACUUCUGCGGCCAAUCCUGCCCAGGCUCAACCCUUGCGUAACAUCUCCGUGUCGACGGUUGGCAAGAGGAACACUGUCGCGGACAUCCGUCAGUCCGUGGUUCGCGCUCGAAAGCCCAUCUGGAAUGAAGUUGCCAAGGAACCGCAGCCGGCCAUUGUCGUUCACUUUGACCAGGCUGCCGAAAGUGUAGCGCGAAGCUUGCGCGACCUGGUUGAUCGCCUGUUGGCCCCGCUCACCCCAAGCGUGGAAAAGACCCUCGCGCACGUCUUGGACGAGCCUGGAAUGAUUGCACGGUUCUUCUCGAAGGCCGCGGUCGAAAAGAUGCCAACCGCGGACGAGGUCACGGCUGUGCUACAACCCCUCACCAAGCACCUCACCACCGUCUUGCAGUCAUUCCGGCCGCAUGUGUACGGCGAUAUCUUUGGCAUCAUGCAGCAGCGCGCGUGGGUGUUGAUUCUGACCACCAUUGAAAACAUGGUGUCGGAUCGCCUGUACACAACGCUUCGUCCUCUGGACAUGCUGAGCCAAGGCAUUGUGAUACUGCGCGAAUUCUUCCAGAAGGACGAUGGCAUUCGUGACGACCAGUUGCAUCUCGACCGCUAUCUGGCAAUCCGUGAGGUGAUUGAACUCUUGCGCCACCGCCGCCCGAACGAGCUGCCGGACUUGUACGAUCAGUGUGUGCUCAAGUCCAUCGACGAAACCGUUCUGAACUUUGUUGCCCGCGUCAUCUUCCGACAAGAAGACCGCUCUUGCAAGGAGUUCUCCAAGACUAUUCGUCAGCAUCACAUGAAGAGCUCGACCUCGUACGCCUUCUUUUCGGAUUUGCUUCGCACCAACUCCACGAGUCCUGUUCCGCCGACUGCGUCUUAG